UUUCCAUCAACACCUUGACCUCUUGAAUUGAUUUUAUGCCACCAUAUUCACCAUUGGUGUUGUAUCUGUACUUCCAUCACUACCCCUCUAAACCUUGGAUCUAUCUCUUUCCAUCAUUUGUUUGCCACAAACAAAGUGAUAACAAAUUUUCCUUUUAAUGCAUAUCACUCUCACUCUCCAUUUCUAUCUCUAUGUCUCAACCUCCAUCAACAUUACCUCCUCAACAUCAUGCACAUGGAUGAUGUGCAUCUCUCUCUCAUUGUUCAUUUUUGUUUGGCAAGAAUGGAGCCGGCCAAUUUGUGUUUGCAUUCAAAAUUCGGCCAGCACUAUCUCCCCUUUUUCUUCUUAUACAAGCCAUGCCUCCCACCUACCCCAAUCCAUAAAUGGGCAGCCUCCCAACCAACUCAAUCAAUGAGGAGGCUACCUCCCAACCAACUCAAUCAAUGAGGAGGCAGCCAACCCACCCCCUCUCCCUCUAUAUAAAGGGGCUUGGCAGCCCACUCCCUCCUCACUUGCUCUCAUUUCCCACUCUCCACUCCUCUCCACUCCUCUCCUUUGCCUCAUUUCUUUUCACUCCCUACUAUUUCCUCCACUCCCUCACACUCUCCUCCUCCACUUCCCCACGAAAAUGGUGCUCCCCUUGCUCCCAUGGCCGGCCAUAGCCAUGGCAAGCCACCAAGAUGAAGCUCUCCCCCUCCCUCAAGCUCAUCCUCACCAUGAGAGCCUCCCUCUCCUUCUUCUCCCUAACCUUAGAUGGUUUAAUCUCCUCUUCUUCUCCCUCCAUUGCUAAGAUUGGAUCUUGAUGCAGGUGCAUGUUGGUCCAAGCUUGGAGAAGGUUGAGCUAUCCUCAGAUCUGAAGUUCUUGAGCAAAAUCCAAAUCGAGUGGUUCAAAGUUCUGCAGAUAGAUCAAGAUCUGGUCAGAUCUGACUUUGUCGAAUUAAAUCAGGAGCUUGGAAACGAAUUUUUGAAUGAAACCAGUUGGGGGAUGUUUGGUUUAUACUAUGGUGAUAACCGAGAGAGGCAAUUGCUAAGUUGUGAUACUCUCAUACCUUUACUAGACGCGAGCAAUUCCGGAGAAGAAGAAGAAGUGGAAUUGGACAAGGAUUUUAUUUAUAUUGUUGGGAUUCUUAUAUUGAUGGAGUUGAAGGAGUACAGGGACAAAUAAGCCAAGAUUUGGAGGAACACGACGGAUGAAGAAGGAGUUGGUGACGUCUAUGCGAGCUAGGAACGUCUUCCCAGUCAGUUGCCUGUAGGGUUAUGGCAGAUGACUUGGGUACUGCGCUGCUGAAGUGAUGAUGCUACUCUGAUGUUUAGUUAGGCCCUUCGAGGCUAUUAUGUAAGUAUUGGUCAUGUGACCAUGUUGUAAUUUUCUUAUUCCGCUUUGUAAUGGAUGGUGUAAUUUGAUAUCAGUUCGGUUAUGUGUUCA